AUGGACGAUCCUCUUGUUAGACUUUUUCGGUCGGAAUCCAAUGGUGGCUACAGUUUUUGUUUUGCCGCCUGUUUCAUUUUUGACUCUGAUUGCAGCUUAUCUCGUUCUGAUGAUUGGUUACACGAUGAUCAGCAUUAUUGCAUUUGCAAUAGUGUUCACUAUUUCCUUCGUUCUUGUCACGCUGCUGUUUACUCCUCUGAUAAUUUUGGGAUCUGCUGUAAUUCUGUCUUUUUCGUUGUUCUUGUUCACUGGUUACGCAACAACUACCUUCGCCUUCCCUUAUUUCAGGAGGGUCUUUACAAUAGUCGCAGAUCGGAUUCCACCCUCGGUUGGGGUUUCUGA